AUGGGUUCGUGCAGUGGUUAACCUAAGAGAACAACUCAUUAAAAAACAGAGAGUCUGACUACUUUUCAUAAGACUUAGGAGGUUUCAACAAUAAAAUCAAACAAAAGUUUUAAGAAAUAGAGAACAGACUUUAAGGUUGCUCCAAGUAUAUUUGUGUCCUAGAAGAAUGGGGAUAUAUCCUAAUAUUAUGAGAUAGAAUCCACUUUAGGCGAAGGAACUUUUGGGCGAGUGAGUUUGGUUAAGCAGAAAUCAACCAAAAUUCUCAGGGCGAUGAAAUAGAUUGCUAAGGACAGGAUCUUAGCCAGUCAAAGAGAAAAGAUGAUUCAAGAAGUAAAUAUAUUGAAAGGUCUUGAUCAUCCAAACAUUGUGAAUAUUUAUGAGCUUUAUCAAGAUGAACGCUAUUAUUACUUGAUAACUGAAUAUUUGAGUGGAGGAGAGUUGUUCGAUCGGAUCUAAUAACGGAGCAAUUUAAAUGAGAGCAUGGCUGCUAAUUAUAUGAAAUAAAUAUUAAGUGCCGUGAAUUAUUGUCAUUAGAGUAACAUAGUUCAUAGGGAUUUAAAACCAGAAAACAUAUUAUUUGCUUAAAGAGGAUCUGAACAAACCCUUAAAAUCAUUGAUUUUGGCACUGCCAAGCAGGUCCUCUCGAACACCCAACUGAAGCAAAAGACUGGAACACCCUAUUAUAUAGCUCCCGAAGUGAUAGAUUAAAAUUACAACAACAAAUGCGAUCUCUGGUCAUGUGGAGUAAUAAUGUACAUUAUGAUGUGUGGAAAGCCUCCAUUUCAUGGAACCAACAUAGAGGAACUCUAUCGAAAUAUAAAAUGUGGAAAUGUUGAUUUUACUGGUUCAGAAUGGCAAGAUGUUUCGUAGGAUGCUAAGACUUUUAUUUCUAAACUCUUAGUAGUAGAUCCUGCCAAGCGAAUUUCAGCAGAAUAAGCAUUAAAAGAACCUUGGAUUGUAAGCAAUAAAAGAGAGGAAAAAAUCAAUAUAAAAAAUCUAGAAAAUCUUUCUUAAUUUCAUAAUAAUAGCAAAUUAGGCUCAGCAAUUUUGCAAUUGAUUUCAACUCAGAUAAUGACUUCGAAGGAGAAGAAAGAAUUGAUACAAGGGUUUAGUGCCAUAGACAAAAAUGGUGAUGGUAAAUUGAGUAAAGAAGAAUUAGUUUAAUGCUAUAUGGAUUUAUAUCAGGAUGAAAUAAAAUGCAAUUAAAUAGUGAACAAGAUCUUCAAGUACUCUGAUGUCGACUGCUCAGGAACCAUAGAAUAUACAGGUAAAGAGAGUUAAUAAUAAAUAGAGUUUAUUGUAGCGUAUUCGGAGUUGUCAAAUUUAAUGGCUCAGGAGAAACUUGAAAAGGCUUUUAAACUAUUUGACAAGGAUGGAAAUGGAACCAUUAGUAAAUAGGAACUUCAAGAGAUAUUCGGUGGAUUAGCCUUAUAGGAAAACCAAUGGGAAAAUGUUUUUUCCGAAUUGGAUACUAAUGGGGAUGGGAUGGUGACAUUCUAAGAAUUUACACAACUAUUGAUGAAAGACAACAAUAAAUGA